AUAGCAUUUUUGAAACGUUGGGGUUGUUGGAGUGGUUAGAUUUUUCCUGGAAUUGAGUAAGAAAUUCAGAAGACUGAAGCCCAGGCUUACUGUCUACCUUUCACGGAGGCCUAGCCGUGAGAGGACAGAAGAAGGCACGUGGCGAAUCAUGACAGCUGACAAAGACAAAGACAAAGACAAAGAGAAGGACCGGGACCGAGACCGGGACCGAGAGAGAGAUAAAAGAGACAAAGCAAGAGAGAGUGAGAAUUCAAGGCCACGUCGGAGCUGUACUUUAGAAGGAGGAGCCAAAAAUUAUGCUGAGAGUGAUCACAGUGAAGAUGAGGACAAUGACAACAGUGCCACCACGGAGGAGUCCACGAAGAAAAGCAAAAAGAAACCACCGAAAAAAAAAUCACGUUAUGAAAGGACAGAUACUGGUGAGAUAACAUCCUACAUCACUGAGGAUGAUGUUGUCUACAAACCAGGAGACUGUGUGUAUAUCGAGAGUCGGAGACCAAACACACCGUAUUUCAUCUGUAGCAUUCAAGACUUCAAACUGGUCCACAACUCUCAGGCCUGUUGCAGAUCUCCAACUCCUGCUUUGUGUGACCCCCCAGCAUGCUCUCUGCCGGUGGCAUCACAGCCACCACAACAUCUUUCUGAAGCCGGGAGAGGGCCUGUAGGGAGUAAGAGGGACCAUCUACUCAUGAACGUCAAAUGGUACUACCGUCAGUCUGAAGUUCCAGAUUCUGUAUAUCAGCAUUUGGUUCAGGAUCGACAUAAUGAAAAUGACUCUGGAAGAGAACUUGUCAUUACAGACCCAGUUAUCAAGAACCGAGAGCUUUUCAUUUCCGAUUAUGUUGACACCUACCAUGCUGCUGCCCUUAGAGGGAAGUGCAACAUCUCCCAUUUUUCUGACAUAUUUGCUGCAAGAGAGUUUAAAGCUCGAGUGGAUUCAUUUUUCUACAUACUAGGCUACAACCCUGAGACAAGGAGGCUGAACAGUACACAGGGAGAAAUUCGUGUUGGCCCUAGCCAUCAGGCCAAACUUCCAGAUUUGCAAGCAUUUCCUUCUCCAGAUGGUGGUACUGUGACCCAACAUGAAGAACUGGUUUGGAUGCCUGGAGUGAAUGACUGUGACCUCCUUAUGUAUUUGAGGGCAGCAAGGAGCAUGGCAGCAUUUGCAGGGAUGUGUGAUGGGGGCUCCACAGAAGAUGGCUGUGUUGCAGCAUCUCGAGAUGAUACCACUCUUAAUGCACUGAAUACACUACAUGAGAGUGGUUAUGAUGCUGGCAAAGCCCUGCAGCGCUUAGUAAAGAAGCCUGUGCCCAAGCUGAUUGAAAAGUGCUGGACAGAGGACGAAGUGAAACGCUUCGUUAAGGGACUCAGGCAAUACGGCAAGAACUUCUUCAGAAUUAGAAAGGAGCUGCUUCCCAAUAAGGAAACAGGGGAACUAAUCACCUUCUACUACUACUGGAAGAAAACCCCUGAAGCAGCCAGCUCUCGGGCCCAUCGCCGGCAUCGCAGACAAGCUGUGUUCAGGAGGAUUAAGACUCGCACAGCAUCCACACCCGUCAACACACCCUCCAGGCCCCCCUCUAGUGAAUUCUUGGACUUGAGUUCAGCCAGCGAGGAUGACUUCGACAGUGAAGAUAGUGAACAGGAGCUGAAGGGAUACGCCUGUCGCCACUGCUUCACCACCACCUCCAAAGACUGGCACCACGGUGGCCGGGAAAACAUCCUGCUCUGCACAGACUGCCGCAUCCACUUCAAGAAGUACGGUGAGCUCCCCCCGAUUGAGAAGCCAGUGGAUCCCCCACCAUUUAUGUUCAAACCCGUCAAAGAGGAGGAGGAUGGGCUCACUGGGAAGCAUAGCAUGAGGACGCGGCGGAGUCGUGGCUCGAUGUCUACACUACGAAGUGGUCGGAAGAAGCAGCCAGCCAGCCCUGAUGGUCGUACCUCACCCAUCAAUGAAGACGUCCGCUCCAGCGGCCGGAACUCACCCAGCGCUGCCAGCACCUCCAGCAAUGACAGUAAAUCAGAGACAGUGAAGAAAUCAGCCAAGAAGGUUAAGGAGGAAGCCUCAUCACCUCUUAAGAGCACCAAGCGCCAGCGGGAGAAAGUAGCCUCUGACACGGAGGAGGCAGACAGAACCAAUUCCAAGAAAACCAAGACCCAGGAGAUCAGCCGGCCCAACUCACCAUCUGAAGGCGAGGGAGAGAGUUCAGACAGUCGCAGUGUCAAUGAUGAGGGUAGCAGUGACCCCAAAGACAUCGACCAGGACAAUCGCAGCACAUCCCCCAGCAUCCCCAGCCCCCAGGACAACGAAAGUGACUCGGACUCCUCGGCCCAGCAGCAGAUGCUGCAGGCCCAGCCGUCAGCUUUGCAGGCUCCCAGUGGAACAGCCCCAACUCCCUCCACAGCCCUGCCAGGGACCACCCAGCUCCCUACUCCAGGGCCCACACCCUCUGGCCCUGCCUGCCCUCCCCAGGGCUCCCCCGCUGCCUCCCAGCUUCCAAACCAGCCACAGGCUGCCACGGCACCUGCUCCCCACACCCACAUCCAGCAGGCACCCGCCUUGCACCCUCAGAGGCUACCCUCACCGCAUCCUCCACUACAGCCUCUGACUGGGCCAGCUGGCCAGACCACAGCCCAGCCUCAUGCCCAGCCCCCACUGCACAGUCAGGGCCCACCUGGCCCUCACAGCCUGCAGGCUGGUCCCCUGCUGCAGCAUCCAGGGCCCCCUCAGCCCUUCGGUCUCCCUCCUCAGGCCACCCAAGGCCAGGCCCCACUAGGGACCACUCAGGCGGCAGCCCACCCUCAUAGCACCUUGCAGCUCCCAACGUCUCAGGCUGCAUUGCAGUCCCAGCAGCCCCCACGUGAGCAGCCCUUGCCGCCAGCCCCCUUGGCCAUGCCUCACAUCAAGCCCCCACCCACCACUCCCAUUCCCCAACUGCCUGCACCACAAGCCCAUAAGCACCCACCUCACCUCUCAGGGCCCUCCCCCUUCUCUAUGAAUGCCAACCUGCCACCCCCACCAGCACUGAAGCCCUUGAGCUCCCUGUCCACACAUCACCCCCCCUCAGCCCACCCUCCACCCCUGCAGCUCAUGCCACAGAGCCAGCCUUUGCCCUCUUCUCCUGCCCAGCCCCCUGUGCUAACCCAGAGCCAGAACCUGCCUCCUACUGCUGCCACCCACCCCCCAGCAGGCCUCCACCAAGUACCCCCCCAACCUCCAUUUGCUCAACACCCCUUUGUCCCUGGGGGCCCUCCUCCCAUAACCCCUCCAGCCUGCCCCUCCACUUCUACUCCACCUGCGGGACCUGGCACCUCCGCCCAGCCACCCUGUUCUGCUGCUGUUUCUUCUGGGGGCAGCAUCCCUGGGGGCACGUCCUGCCCUCUCCCCACUGUCCAGAUCAAAGAAGAGGCUCUGGACGAGGCUGAGGAACCUGAGAGCCCCCCACCCCCACCAAGGAGCCCAUCUCCGGAGCCCACCGUGGUGGACACCCCCAGCCAUGCCAGCCAGUCAGCCAGGUUCUACAAGCACCUGGACCGGGGCUACAACUCAUGCGCACGAACAGAUCUGUACUUCAUGCCUCUGGCGGGGUCCAAACUGGCCAAGAAGAGGGAGGAGGCCAUUGAGAAGGCCAAGCGGGAGGCUGAGCAGAAAGCCCGUGAGGAACGGGAGCGUGAGAAGGAGAAGGAAAAGGAGCGGGAACGGGAGAGAGAACGCGAGCGGGAGGCCGAGCGUGCAGCUAAGGCAUCCAGCUCAGCACAUGAAGGCCGCCUCAGUGACCCCCAGCUCAGUGGCCCUGGCCACAUGCGGCCAUCCUUCGAGCCCCCACCAACCACCAUUGCCGCAGUGCCCCCAUACAUCGGACCUGACACACCUGCCCUCCGGACUCUGAGCGAGUAUGCACGGCCUCACGUCAUGUCGCCCACCAACCGCAACCACCCCUUCUACAUGCCCCUCAACCCCACCGACCCCUUGUUGGCCUACCACAUGCCUGGCCUCUACAAUGUUGACCCCACCAUCCGUGAGCGGGAGCUCCGGGAGCGUGAGAUCCGUGAGCGGGAGAUCAGGGAGCGUGAGUUGCGGGAGAGGAUGAAGCCAGGCUUUGAAGUGAAGCCCCCAGAGCUGGACCCACUGCAUCCAGCCACCAACCCCAUGGAGCACUUUGCCCGGCACAGCGCCCUCACCAUCCCCCCCACUGCUGGCCCUCACCCUUUUGCUUCAUUCCAUCCGGGCCUGAACCCCUUGGAGAGGGAGAGACUGGCCCUGGCGGGCCCCCAGCUGCGGCCUGAAAUGAGCUACCCUGAUAGACUGGCGGCCGAGCGGAUCCACGCUGAGCGCAUGGCCUCCCUGACCAGUGACCCCCUGGCUCGGCUGCAGAUGUUCAACGUGACGCCGCAUCACCAUCAGCACUCCCACAUCCACUCACACCUCCACCUUCACCAGCAGGAUCCUCUCCAUCAAGGUUCCGCAGGCCCUGUUCACCCGCUGGUUGAUCCCCUGACUGCUGGCCCACACCUGGCUCGAUUCCCCUAUCCCCCUGGCACCCUUCCCAACCCUCUGCUUGGACAGCCACCCCAUGAGCAUGAAAUGCUUCGUCAUCCAGUGUUUGGUACCCCCUACCCCCGAGAUCUGCCAGGGGCCAUCCCACCCCCCAUGUCAGCAGCCCACCAGCUACAGGCCAUGCACGCCCAGUCAGCCGAGCUGCAGAGACUGGCCAUGGAGCAGCAGUGGCUGCAUGGACACCCCCACAUGCAUGGUGGCCACCUACCAAGUCAGGAAGAUUAUUACAGUCGACUGAAGAAAGAAGGCGACAAGCAGUUAUAAGUUAUUUAUUUGUUAGCGCUGGCUGUGGAAGCCCCAUUUCUUGGGGGGAGAAACAGGACUUUUUACAUACAAUAGGAGCUGCAAAAGCAAAAGGAAUAUCUUCUAAAGAUUUCUUUAUAUAUUUAAAAACCCCACAACUAAAAAUGUAUCAGCAUCCUAGUGUUCGUUUGUAGAGAGGAUUCCUUGAGACUGGUUUGAGUCUCCUUGCAUGACAGUCCCCAGAAACUUAGUGAGUCCUGGACUGGACUGACCAUUCAAAAACCGUCCCUGCAAUCAUGGGGUUUGACUUUAGUUUUCUUUUCCUUCCUUAGUUUCUCAGUAGGUGCUAGAAUCCACUUCACACCCUUCACUGUGCGUGCAGACACACUCAGUUGUGUGUGUUCCAAAACCCACAAGGUUUGCAGGCAGGCGGCAUAUGAGUUUGGAGUCCAAGAACUAUAAUUUUUAAGAAAUCUUUUAUUUUAAUACAUUGUAGGAAAUCUUCAUAAUUUUGAGAAAGUUCUGCAGCAUGGCUUUUUAAGUCUGUAAAUAAAUAAUUUUAGAACAGCCUUUUUUUUUUUUUCCUUCCACAAACUACUAUUCUGGUCUAUUUUUUUCCAGCCAUGUCACUAAUUGUGAAUUCCUACCAGCUACUGACAGAAUACAGAGUUGUUUUUUUAAUAAAAAGUUAUAUAUAAUUAUCCCUUUAAUUAAAGGGAACAGAUGGACGUUACUAAUUACAGGUGGGCAGGAGCUUGGGACUAGAUGCAGGCACAGCAGUGAGCAUCCAGGGUUCACAGGGACAAUGUCACAAGUGAUGUCUUUGUUGGCUGCUUUGGUUUUCACUUCUGUCUGUUCUAGCGUGUGCUUUGCCAGUGGUGCAGACAUCUGUUAGAUUGAACCCCUUUCGUUUUGCGCCGGGCGUGCAGGAGUUAAAUGUUACUUUCUUUCCCCGGUGUCACUGU